GCAGGCACUGUUUGAUAAUUUCAUUGAGUAACAUGUGCUAAAAAAACAUAUACUGUCAAUCUGAAAAACGAUGUAAUUAUACUUUACACCUAGUGAUUAAUUUAGCGUCAAUUGUUCCAAGCUGCUUUGUCAAAAUGUCUGAAGAUCCCUUUCACCAAGUCCUCCAAGUUUUCUUCGAGACAGCACUUGCUCCCACGUCGUCGCCGGUUUGGAACGGAAUAAAAUCUGCACUGUCUUCCUCGGAAGAACAAUUCCCCCAAUUAUACGCCUUCCUCCUGCAAAACCUUCUCGAGGACUACAAUUGUCGUCUCCUGCUCAAAAGCAGUCACAUCGACCUACACAAAAACCCUUCCAACUUUCCAUCCGUAUUUGUGGAACAUUACAACACGAGUGAGACGAUGGGCUGGUGUUGGAAACGGUGGGUGGUUCCUAACUGGCCGGAAAUGGAUGCUCUGGCACCUCCAGAACUUGGAAUUAACUUCUCUUUGGCGGAUGAAGUUGCAAAAAAAUUAAUAAACUUUGUGACGGUAGAGAAAGUAGUUUCCAAACCAAAGUGGAGAAUGGCAGCAGUACAAUUUAAUCCUAAGGAUAUACUGGAAAAGUCUGUGAAAUACAUAUUGCUGAAUUAUGAUGCCAAUAUAAAUCUCCAAAAUUCAUUAUGGAGGGUGGAAGUGGCCAUGAAAUCAGUUAAUGGAGGCGACAAUGACAAUUCUCUUAAGGAAAGUCAGGAUUCCCGUGUUUUAUUGGCACACUGUAUACUUCGUUUAUGCAAAAGUCAAAAUUAUUUAAUAAUUAAUAACAACGAAGUUCUACAAAUCCCUGACUCAAUGCCCAUUCCCCCAGAAAACAUACUUGUAUCAUUCACUUCUAAAAAAUUAUGGUCUGGCUCUGAGGGAGAGGAGAAAAUUAUAGUGGAAAUUAAUUCAAAAGACUAUUAUUCCCAAUAUUCAGAAACAGUUGUUAUUUUGUAUAAUUACGCACGGAUUAAAACCAUAUUGGAAAGAUACGAAGGUCUCGCUGAGAGUAAAGAAUAUCCUAAAUUGCCUCCAUUGGAUAAUGUCGAUUUCAAUUUGAUUGGUGAAAGCAAAGAUGAAUUUCCAAUAAUUUUGAUGCUGUUCAUGUGGCCAAGAGUAAAACAUACGGUGAUAAAUAUUCAUCGUAAAGGAAAAGGAUUUGCCAAGAUUAAUCUCCCCUUUUUAUUUGAUUUUAUCAAAAGUCUUGCCAGAGCUUUUGAUUCAUUUUACAACAGAAACGUGGUAAUUGUGCCUCCAAGUGCCCCACACAAUUUUAGGUCGAUGUUUUGUAGGCUUUAUCUACUGAAGGCACUCGCUGUGGUUUUUAAAGACUUUAUUUACCUUUCCGGAAUCCAAAUGGAUUAAAUCGUAUUAUGAUUAAUAAAUCAAUUUUACAACGUGUUUUCAAAAUCAGAA